AUGUGGCUCUAUCGGGGCGCCCAGUCCGCUGUCUUCUACUACGCUACCUGUACCCCCUGCGCCGAGGGUGUCGACCGUCGAAAACGUAAGAAGGAGGCCAUCCGAGCACAGCGCGAGAGGGAGAAAUGCACCGAGAUCGUCACCGACCAACCCCGGCCGUUCCCGCAACCGACCCCUUUCAGCACCAAUGUAGGCUGGCGAGAAGAGAUCUCCUUGGGCCCUGGGCCUCCAGCUCGCCGAGGUGGUCUUCGAAACAAUAACCACCGCACCGAUAGCUGGCAUACGGACCAGAGCUCGCAGCUGAAGAAGGACAAGAGUGGUGGUUUGAUGCACCCGCUCGGCGAGAAGUGGAAAUCUAUGCGAUACCAGCGAGAAGAUGAACCGCUUUGGGGCCAGGAAGUGCGAGGCUCGUCCAUUGGGUUCUCUGGUCGUGGCCGUGCGGACCCGAACGAAACUUCGAAGUACUACAUCGCGCGUGUGCCUCCCGUGAAUGAUCUCCAUCCACCCAUUGUUAGUGGACCAUGCAGCCGGGCUGAAACAAGAUGGAUGCUACAGCCACCGCCAAGUGCCCGAGUCAUGGCCGGAAAAGAAAGCUUUAAUGUGCCGGCUCGUGAUAGUAUUAGCGGAGCGGCUGACGAGCAGUGUUCCGAGGCCGCGAAGAACGUGACCAAGGAAGAGACCAGCAACAAGCCCGGUGAUGGGUCGUCUGAUACCACAGAACAGCAAUUACCACGCCACCCAUCUUUAACUCGACUCCGUGUCGACAAUGAUGAUUUCGACCCGACAUUACACUCUCGAUCAGACUCUAUGUUCUCUACAAACACCGAUGAUCGAUCUCCUAGUAUGGAUUGGAAGUACCCUGAUACCCCAAGAUCACGGCCACAAUCGAAAGCCACGGAUGAUUAUGACAAGGUCUACCGUCCGCAGAUCUCCAAAACGCUUUCAACAAUGCACAAGGAUAACAAAAAUAUCCACCUACUGCAUCUGGAGAUCAACGAAGAUAACCGCGAUGAAGUCGGUCUGGGCUCGUUACAACCUGUCCGUCCCUGGCGCUGGAGCAUGGACAUCUAA